UGGCUUUCCUACAAGUGCCGCUUUCCAAGGGUUAGCCGCUUAUGCACAUGGACUUGCCAAGACUGAAAGUUACGUGCCAAGUCGUCCAGUCAGAAAAAGACCUUAAAAGCUGUUUGGAACUUAGAAAGCUGGUAUUUGUUCAAGAACAAGGUGUUAGAGAAGAUAGAGAGCAAGAUGACUAUGAUCGAGUGGAUCCAACCCUUGAAAGUUCCGGUCGCAGAUGGAAGGUGAAGCACUUCAUAGCUUGGUUAGGUUCCGAAGUGGUGGCUGCUGGUAGAGCACGUCGUACUUCUAUGUUUGGAAUAAAAUUGGAAAGGAUUGCAGUUCGCAAAGAGGAACGUAGAAAGCAUAUUGGAGAAACUUUACUUCAUUUUAUGAUGCGAGAAAUACAAGAAGAAGACGCCGUUAUCUACCUUCAUUCACAGACUCCUGUAGUUCAGUUUUAUGAAAGUUUGGGGUUUUCUACGUUAGGUAGUGAGUUUUAUGAAGAAAGCAUUCCUCAUUUCAAGAUGGUCUUUCGUCGUCUUCCGUUGCCUUCUUUACAUUCGCGUCUUAUGCACCACAUAUCGUUAAGAACCAGCAAUAUGGAACAUUCGCUAACUUUUUACUCACUUUUUGGUUUUCGAGAAGUGAAGAAUUAUUUGUCGAGCAGAUAUCGUUCUGUUUUGAUUGAGUCUGCAUGGUUAGGAGCGAGAUUGGAGUUGAUGGAGUCUGCUGAUACCCAAAACAGCAAUGAUAUUUUUCACAAGGCAGUGAGGAACGAACAUGACUCGUUUCAAAUGUCAUUUGAUAUUACUUGGCAAUGUACAAGUUUGCAAGAUUUUCUGGACGAAGUGGUCAAUAGAGCAGAGUCACAAUAUGAUGGGCAACUCACCUUUUUAAAAACUCCUUAUCACGAAAGUCUUGGUGGAUUUAUGGUGGAAGCAGCAUGUUUCAAGGACCCUGACGGAUUUAUAAUGAAAUUAUUUAGAAGAGUGGAUCUUAGUUGAAAUAACAACAUAAUAGGUCCUUUUUGUGAAUGGGU